GACCUAAGUAACUGCUGUAAGCGUAGCUGUGUGGUCGCGGCCUGUAAGCUUGGGGGCGUGAACCGGUUGUGCUUCAGAACGCAAAAACAUGGCGGAGAAGGGUACAGCCGCCAGUAGCGGCAUCGGCUCUGGUGACAGCUACUGUGAUGAUGUGGGCGAUGACCGUGUGGUCAAGGCGGCUGUGGAGGUGUUCGAAAAGCUGAAGGCUGUAAGCUGCCCCUUCCUUGAUGGUCUGUAUAUUGCAGAGCCAAAGACAAUUCUGGAUCUGCUAUGUAGGCCCUCAAAGUACCGGUUGGACAUACUGGAAUGGAUGUGUAUGCGGGUCUGUCCCUCCUUGCAGGACAAGUUCAGUUCACUGAAAGGAACUGCGGGGGAUAUGAAGAUACAGGAGAUGGUGAAGCUAGGCCAUGAGCUGAUGUUAUGUACACCAGAUGACCGGGAUCUUCUGAUGGGCUGUGAGUGUCCCCAGAAGCAGCUGCAGUUCAUGGACCAGUUGCUGGAUAUGAUGCAGAGCCUGGCCACUGGAUGCUCCAGUAGUUCUAGCGUGAAGGAACACAUUGAAGACACCACAAAGAAAAAUGAGGCCUUGCUGGGGGAGCUCUUCUCCAGCCCCAACCUGUGGGCAAUCUUGAAGCCUGAGAAUGACCCAUGGCCCCUGGACAUACAGUCCUCUGUCAACAAGCAAUGUGAUGACCUGCCAGAGGCUGGCUCCGAUGCCCAGUCAGAGGGAGAGAAGGUGGUAGAUCUGGCCAGGCAUCUGCAAGAGAGUGCUACUAAGCUUCAGACACUCCGAGACCAGUGCUUUGCAUGGCAUAAAGCAGGGACUGAUAGCAGUCCCAUAGAUCAGAAGCUUCGUCUGGUCAUCUCUGACUUCUACCAGCUCGUUUUGGCCUUCCUCCAAGUCUAUGAUGAUGAGCUGGGACAGUGCUGCCAGCGCCCAGAACCCAGCCUGCACCCAAGUGGCCCCAUCAUCCAAGCUGUCUAUCAGACUCUGGCUUCCUGUGGUCAAUUGUUGAGAGUCAUUAUGGAGAUUGCAGACACCUCUGCUGAAGCUAUGGAAGCAGUGAGGAAGCAACAAGGAGAUCCAAACUGUUGGGGCAGCAGCAACUCUGGGAUAAGUCUAGCAUUCCUGACAGGAAAUUGGGAUAACUCAGAGAUGUAUAGAGCCGCAAGGAUUGAUGAAGUAACCCAGAAGUACAAGAUCCUCACUGACAGACUGCACAGAGACACAAGAUAAUGUGGGGGAGAAGGCCCUUCCUGGAGCUGUUGCGGGGGGGGGGGCAGUUCCAGUUCUGUUCAUGGCCUACAUGAAUUUCCACUUGCUUGGUAUCCGCAAUUGGAGGAAAAAAAGGAAGAGGGAGGUGGAGAAGGCAGGCAGAGAUGGGUAGGACAGGG